CAACCGGAUCCGUGAUGGGAGGAGCGGCGGUCCAGGUGCUUCAGCCAACAGCGUUCUUCAGACGCAUCAGAAGAUAGUGAGCCGGGGGCAAGUGUACAUGUGGGGUGUCGUGAUUCCCCGCGAGAGAAGGGCAGGGCAGAGCGAUCACAGUCGCCUUAUUGUUCUGAUUCGCUAAUCCAGCGUUUAACCGGUGCUUUACCGCGAUCGCCCCACGAACACUCUUUACUGGCAUCUCAUGGACUUGGAUUUACUUUGUCUUUGAAAAACAGUUGGACUCGUGCGCAAUGUUCAAGAAAAGCAAGAGCAAAGUGCUGGUGGAUGAAGCGUCAGAGGAGGACGACGUGUCGUGGCAUCACGAGCACGCGAGGAAGGAUAAAGACUCCGAGGGAACGGAGGAAGUUCUGAGCCCCUCGACAAAGGAUUCAAAGUUAAAGAAGGUUAAAUCUAAGCGAGAAAGAGGAGAUAAGAAGUUGUUUCCAUCUCAGGAUGAUGAACACAUUUUGCUAACAGGAGUCACUCUCUCUCCCAGAAAAGGGUCUGCCAAGAAAGGAUGGGACGACGAUAAGAGCAAAGCAAACCCCGAACACAAAGCUCACUGUCUGUGGGACAACAUCACCAUGACGAUGAAGCAGAUCACACCGACAAGGAAGCUGGACAAGAUGGAGGGCUGGGAACCUCCUCAGAUGACCAACAGAACGGAGGAAGAAAAGCAAGAGUCUGACAAAAAGAUGGAUUCCUCCCCUCUGUCCUCUCCUCUCUCUCUGUCUCUCCCACAUUCUCUGGGUUUGCCGUCCUGGGUGGGGCUGGGUUUGGAGGAGGACUCAUCUCGCUACGCCAGUCUGACGGAGUCACAGACUCAGGGAGGCCCCGCCCAGUGGGCGGCUCGCGCUCGGGAUAAGCUGGCCGCCGUUCGACGGCGAAGCCCGGCCAGCCUCUCGGAGGGCGCGUGGGAGGGGCUUAAGUGAUUUGUAUGAAAAAAUAUUUGUGUGAUAAGCCACGGCCCUCAUGUGCCAACUGUGAUGGGACAGCCAGUGCCUUAGUAAGAGGUGAUGAUGCCGGUUUGGAUGAUUCAUUUUUUUGUAGUUUUGUAAACAAAAUCGACCAAACCUUGAAACACAGCUGACCCCUGAUAGUGACCAAUGAAAGUAAUCUCUCAUAGAUUACUUUAAAAUAUAAACUUUGGCCUUUACAUACUACACUUGUUUGUUUUCCAUUUAUUGACACAGGCAUUUAGCUUGAUAAUCAUUGUGAGCGCAAUGAAUUAAACCUGCAAUACCCAGGCUCACAGACAGGGGCAGUGAGUGUCUAAGGUUCAUAUCCAAAGGUUAUGUCUUUAUAUUUAGUUGAUUAAUUUAUUCCGUUAUGUAGUUUUAAAGCGUAAAUGUGAAAUGAUGUAGAAAUGCUGUGACGCAUGUAUAGUCGCUUCUGCCUGCUGAUUUAACAUAACUGCUACAAUCAUAAUGUACUGUAGAUGUUUUUCUCUAUGCAAUCACUGUUAUUCCAAAUAGCCUAAAUCAAUUGUGCCAACAAAAGUGUUCAGUGAAAUGUCUAGGCCAAAAGGAAGAUAAAGGUGUGAAUUGUAUGUGAAGGUUCUCAGUCCUGUCACUGGAGAUGAAGUGCUCUAGCUCUGGUCAAACAAUCUGAACCAUGCGAUUUGAUAAAAUCACAAUUCAAAUCGGGUUGAAAUGAACUGCAUUACAGUGGAACUUGAGGAAUGAAGUGAGCACACCUGUUUUAUGUGCCCAGAGGUCACCGUCUUAAAAAUCCCCUUUAAACCCUUUCCUACGACCCGGAGUGCUGUGCUGUCUUAUCAUGAAGUGCAUUUUGGUUUUAAUGGUUUGCUGUGCCUCAACAAGUCAUGUUGUCUUGAUUAUAGUGUCUUAAAGCAACCAGGGAAAAUGUGAUCUCGAGAAGUUUCCAGUUAUCUGUUCUUUCUAAACACUCGACAUGAGGAAAAUGACAAUCAGUCUUACAUGAAAUCUGUUAACCUAGGUGAAACAUGUUUGGCAUGCUAGACAUGCCUGAUUUUUUUCGUAGAAUUUUUUUGUAUAAUGUUUAAGUAAGUGGGUUUGCUGCUUUUAGCUGUUGUCAUAGUAACAUGUAUUUUUAAAGCAAGUACGACUUGUUAGUUGGCAUUUUCCUCUUUCCAUUUGGUGCCUUUGCAACAGUGUUUUGAUCUUUUACUACUGAAUGAAUUAUAUGAUUUUGCAUAGAUUACGCUGUUGUAGUUUUCUCGAAAAUCUGAAUAAAAAGCAUU